AUGAUCCGCUCUCGGGUUCGGUGCACAACCGACGCUUUACUACAAACACGGCGUCUCGCCAACCGUAGCGCUCUUGUGUCGAUUCAUGCCGAGAGUGAGUGUUCGAAAAUGGAGCGUGUGACGGUGCGCAUGGCUCGUUCGGAUCGCCGAACACCUUGGGGAUUCGGCGUGACCGAAGCACCGGAUGGUUCGGUUGUCAUCGUCAACGUCGUCGGAGGUAGUCUUGCGGAUCGUGCUGGACUUCGCAAUGGCGAUGUUGUGGACCGUCUUGAAGACCUCGACAAUUUGGAUAUCAAUGCGGUUGAUCGCCUAUUAGUGACCGCGCACGAGAAAAUCGAACUGGUUGUUACUAGGAACCAAACGGGACCAACUCGAAUUUGGAGACCGGAGAUUACUGAAAAUCACGGAAGUUCCGAGGUUCCAUAUAGUGUCAACCUUCAACAUAAUAGCGAUUCGCGACCACCGCAAGGUUUCAAUUCGACGGCUCUUCCGUUCGAGACCGACGCUCGUGUCAAACAUAUGCAAUACAAUUCUCCACUUGGACUUUAUUCGGAAAAGACCGCUGCCGAGCAAUAUGUCCAGCAAACCGCCGGCUACGUUGACAACACUUCGUAA